AUGCUGGAGCCAGAGGAGUGUUUGGACAUCCUGUCCAUAGUGCGAUACAAGACGCAGCUGCUUGAUAUUAUUGACGAAGCUGCGAGACUGAGCGAGUCGGAGAAACGCAGAAAAGCGGAGUGUAUUGAACUACGACUGGAGAUCAGUUCGCUGAAAGCGGACCUCAGCGCUAAAGAGCUCGAGCUUGCGACCGUUGACCGGACGAUCGAGGAUGGGAUAACCAGCGAAAACGCGCGCAUUCUGUCAAAGGAAAAUGAGGAACUGAAGGUCCUCCGAGAUAACCUCAAAAAUCUCCUAGAAUCAACCCAAAACAAGCUCAAGCAGUGUGAGCUGGAAAAAUACAAUGCGAAACAAGAGUUGGAGGCCUGCAAGAGUUUGGCCCCGACACGGGACCGUGGUCUGGACUCCUCAGCCCAGUUGUUCGACCAGUUCAUUUCAAUGCAAGGCCAUGCAGCUAAAAAGUUUGAGGAUCUGCAGCUGGCGUUGAACGACGUCAGAAAGGAGAGGAGUGAGGUGCUGAAAAGGCAGCUUGAGAUGCAGACGGAGCUAGACGAGCUUAAAGCUGCGAUGGACGACUAUCAGGCGGACGAGCAAAAAUAUCGGCAGCACACUGCACAGCUGAAAGAACAGCUUAUCGCGGAAUCGCGGGAGCAGCUCGCUGAAGCUCUGCGUGCAGCGUAUUUGGGACGGUAA